CGGAGAGCUCCACAGAAUUGCCGUGGAAGUGAUGUUGCGCGCGGGGGUUUCGAUGAGGAGCGCGGUGGCCCUACGUGCUCAUCCUGGACUUCCACCUGUGGGCUUUCCGGUCAGAAGACACAUCAGAUCAAGUUGUUCGUCGGCCCAGAAGCUCGAAGUCGAUCUGAAGUUCGAAGAUGGCAAAGAAGCCUUCAAAUCGAAGACAACAACUGAGCUGCUAAGAGCGUACUUCGUUUUGAAGCUUUCGUCGGUGGAUUACAUUGUCAAUCACAAUCGGCAGCUCAUGUCCUUGGGCCAGAAAUUCUUGGGAAAGAAACUCUUCCAUGCGUUGAUGAAGAGGACUUUUUACGGACACUUCGUGGGAGGUGAAUCAGAAAAUGCUAUAAAACCAACCUUGGAACGUCUCCGCCGCUUCGGUGUCAAGAGCAUCCUGGACUACAGUGCUGAGGAGGAUCUCAGCGAAGAACGGGCCAGGGAAAUCGAGAUGGCAUCAACGAUUUCGGCGGCUCCCUCAGACUCUGUUGAUAUAGACACACCAUCGGAGAACGAAGACGUCGCGAGUGAACUGGCUCAAUUCAAACCACAAAAAAAGUUCGCUGAUCCCCGGAGAUUCCAACCAACUGCUAGAACCUAUUUUUACCUGAGCGAAGCACAAUGUGAGAAGAAUGUAGAAAUUUUCCUCAAGUCGAUCGACGCUGUCGCUGGUACCACGCAAGGGACGGGUCUGGCAGCCAUAAAAAUGACCGCCCUCGGGAGACCCCAACUCUUGAUGCAACUGUCAGAAGUCAUCAUACACACACGAAAACUUUUUCGCGACGUGACGGGCAAGGAGAAGCUCAUGGCUCUCGAGCAAGUGACUCCAGAACAAAUCGACGAACGUCUCCAUAUCGACAAGGAUCAUGAAGAAUACCAGAAAUUCUUGUCGGGUAUGGAUUACGACAAAAAAGGAUUGAUGAAUUUGUUCACAUGGAGUGGACUCGUGGACACGCGAGGAAUGAUUUCGGAUAUUUUCAAAGUUCCGAACCUCAGAACGGGGAAAAUGGAACCGAUAAUUUCCGCUCUCACAGAGGACGAAGAAGAAAUGUUCAGGAACAUGAUGCGACGCGUCAAUACCAUUGCGAGACAUGCCGAAUCCACCGGUGUGCGGGUGAUGGUCGACGCUGAGCAAACAUACUUCCAGCCCGCGAUAAGUCGUCUCACAACGGAGCUGAUGAGGAAAUACAAUAAGACCAAGCCGAUCGUAUUCAACACGUAUCAGUGCUACUUGAAAGACGCCUUCGAUUGUGUGCAGCGCGACGUCGAAUUAUCGAAACGUCAAAACUUCUACUUUUCGGCGAAGCUGGUCAGGGGAGCCUACAUGGAGCAGGAACGACUCCGAGCGAAAACCGUGGGAUACCCCGAUCCUAUCAACGAUUCGUAUGAAGCCACGAACGAGAUGUAUCAUAAAGUGCUCGAUUACCUCCUGCAAGAGAUCGUGAAGUCUGGGAAGUCCGGAAGGGUCUCGGUCAUGUGCGCGACCCACAACGAGAACACGGUGCGAUACGUUGUGCGCCGGAUGAAAGAACUCGGCAUUGGAAGGUCCGAGAGACUCGUGUGUUUCGGUCAGCUGUUGGGAAUGUGUGACCAAGUUAGUUUUCCCCUCGGUCAGGCCGGAUACUCAGUGUAUAAAUAUGUACCUUAUGGCCCCGUUGACGAGGUGAUGCCUUACCUCUCACGGCGAGCAGUCGAAAAUAAUUCCUUGUUGAAGAAAGUUUCUAAAGAACUCGACAUGCUACGCAAAGAAAUCUUCCGGCGAGCUAAGCAAGGCGAAUGGAGACAUCUACCCUCGGAGGAGCUCAUGACCGCGUGAAUCCAUUCAUCCGAUGUUCGAUUCUAAUCCGUCUCCGGGCUGGGAAAUCAUGUCGUUCUCAAUCCGUCUUUCCUCUCCUUCCCCACCAAUCUUCACCGCCAAGACACGCUCUCUGGCGUCGUAUGACAACUAGAGCCCUCCGAUGUGUGUCUUACUUUAAAGAUCUUAUAAUAACUUUCUCCGGAUCCGUCCAAGGAAUGUAUAAGAUGUAUCUUAUUCGAGGAAAGGUAUCUGGAGAUGCUUUUUCUGUGGAGUUGACGAAUUUCGUGUUUUCCGGAUUCCGAGGAAUCUUUUUAGGUUGACAGAACUUUCGAUCGGUGCGACAUGGAUCGUUUUUUUUGUGGAGUUUUAAACAGGGCCGCCGAUUCAGCGGAUUCUAACCUAGAGCGCCAGCUCUCCACAUCAUUCCCCGUUCAAUUUUGCUGCGAUCCUUGAUCUGCGACGAAUCGUGCUGGUCUCCCUUGGUCUCGUAUCGUGUCACCUUGGACGCCGUGUGGAUUCAUUUCCCAGUCCCGUUCAUCCCAUGGGCGGAGUGGUCCGAGCAGCUAACUCAUUGAGAGCUGCGGGGCAUGAUGGAAGAGGGCUGGAGGCUUGGGAUGCUGAUGCGUUCCUGCGUUCUGGCACUGAAUCAGGGGAAGUUUCAACGCGAGGGCGCGCCUGACUGCUU